AGAGCACGAGAGUUGAUACCCGGAAGUAGGAAGUGAGGGAGCAGUGGACCGGCUGGUUUGACUCCUGGAGGGGUUGUGAGACCGGCUGAUGCUGCUGAGAGUCCGAGGAGAUGGAGGGGCGAGGGCCUUCAGGGCUCUGGCAGCGGGGGAGCGGCGAGGAGAUAAUUGCAUGUGAAUUCUCCUCUUGACUGGAGCAACACUGGUGCCAUGAUUGGUGCACUGACUUGGAUACCAAUCUCUCACAGUAGGCAUUUUAUUUUGCAGCUGAGUGCCACCUCCAACUGUCGACUAUCAGCUCAGGGAUACACACACUUUUGGUUCCAUUCCAGCUGGCCAGCCAUCUGAUGGUAUGAUCCAGGUGCGUCCACCCCUGCCACCCUGCAGACAGUGGAAUCCCUGAUGCCUGUUAUCCCAAUUCCCCGUCGUGUUCGGUCAUUCCACGGACCCCACACUACCUGCUUGCAUUCCGCCUGUGGACCGGUCAGAACCGCACAUCUGGUGCGCACCAAAUACAACAACUUCGACAUCUACCUGAAAUCCCGAUGGAUGUACGGAUUCAUCCGCUUCCUGCUCUAUUUCAGCUGCAGCCUUUUCACGUCCAUCCUCUGGGUGGCGCUGUCCCUCCUCUUUUGCCUUCAGUAUCUGGGUAUCCGAAUAUUCCUGCGCCUCCAGUACAAACUAUCCAUCAUUCUGCUGCUGCUCGGACGGAGGAGGGUCGACUUUAGCCUGCUGAACGAAUUGCUUAUUUAUGGGAUUCACGUGACCAUGCUGCUCGUCGGCGGGCUGGGCUGGUGCUUCAUGGUGUUUGUGGAUAUGUGAAUAGGUGCAUGCAGCACAUGGCUUCUGUUGCCUUUCUCCUAUUUUUCCCUGCCAGAGACGCCUGGGUUUUUAAUAAACGCACGUCACAUGG